CAAGAUGGCGGCCGAUGGAUGACAAGACACAACCCCACAUUUCCCUGAAGGAAAACAUYAUUACGACCCUCGAUGCUCUCGAUAAAGCAAUGGAUAAAAAGGUUAUGAAACAGCCAGUUGACUUCGAUGAGUGUUUGAAGGAUUCYCCUCGAUUUAGGUUACAGAUAGAACAGAGCGAGCAUGAUAUCACUACACUUGAGAGUCUUCUGGAGAAGAUUAACAAGCAAUGUAACAACAUGGUGGAGGCUGGGAAAGCUUUCAAUAACUCAAAAAGUGGUUUACUGAGCGGUGUUGAGGGGUUGAUCAAGUACUUCGAUGGCGAUGAUUUGGUGUUCGGCUCUUUGAAGAAGUUUAAGUGUGUUUUAGCAGAGUUAAUGAACUAUCUUUCGAUGCUGCUKGAUCAAACACAGAGAUCUGUGACGCAGACCCUGCAGAACUUUAUAAAGGAUGAUAUCAAAAAAGUCAAAGACACCAAGAAACUGUUCGACAAAAUAAGUGACGACUUGGACAAUGCUUUUUAUAAGCAUGCUCAGUUGCCAAGAACCUGCAAGCCUCAAGAAGCAGAAGAGGAUAAAAACAUUUUGACAGCCAUGCAAUCGUGCUUUGACCAUAUUUCGCUGGAUUAUGCAUUUCAGAUUAAUGUUUUACAAGCAAGGAAAAGAAUUGAAGUGCUGGACACUGUUUCCAAGUUUGUACAUGCACAUUUUGCUUACUUCCAUCAAGGUUAYGAUUUAAUGAAUGAUCUGGAAUCAUACAUGAAGAACAUUAAUGAUGAGCUUGAUGGUUUGUCGAUCCAGUUUAUGGUUGAUAAAAAGGACAUGGAAGARAGACACACACUUGUACAAAAAAGGAAUGCCCUUGAAAAAAUUCCUGAUCAUCCAGGCGAUGUUGUUAUUGAAGGAUAUUUGUUCAAGAGAAGCAGCAAUGCUUUCAAGACCUGGCAGAGGAGAUAUUUUGCAGUGCAAAACAACCAGCUCCACUACCAAAAACGAUCAAAGGAUGAACAAACUGUUUUAGCUGAAGAYCUACGACUUUGCAAUGUCAAGGCAAAUGAUGAAGUUGAACGAMGGUUUUGUUUUGAUAUUGUGUCMCCCACMAAGGUUUGGUGUCUUCAGGCUGACUCGGACGUGAUACGAGAUGAUUGGAUCUCAACGUUACAGACGACAAUAAACCAAGCAUUUAAUGCAUCGCAUCACGACUCGGAUAGUGAGGAUGAGGCUGGACCCAUCAGAAAAAGUAAAAGUUUGGAUUCAUUGAAUACAAUAAGUCCACCAGCAAGCAUUUUAAGCAUGGUACGGUCACUACCUGGAAAUGACCUUUGUGCAGAUUGUGGUCAUUCAGGUCAGUCAACUAUUUCAUGGGCCAGCAUUAACCUUGGUAUUAUCCUGUGUAUUGAGUGUUCAGGGAUACACAGGAGUCUGGGAGUUCAYGUUUCGAAAGUAAGAUCUCUUACACUUGAUGCUUGGGAACCAGAACUUCUUAAGAUGAUGUCAGAACUAGGCAAUAUGUUGGUCAAUUCUAUUUAUGAGUCCAAAGUAGAAGCAAAUAAAAAGAAAAUCAACCCUCAGAGCUCAAGGAGUGAUCGUGAAACCUAUAUCAAAGCAAAGUACAUCCAUCACAAAUAUGUCUCCCUUGAUACCUUCCUAAGAACUUGUAACCGAUUAGAUGGCAGUAUAAUAAAAAACCUAGCUCGUAUGAAGGUCUAUCAUGAACAAAAGAAUGCCCACGGUCCAUUAGAACGCUCAGACUCAACCGUAGGAAAGCUUUUACAAGGUCUGAAGCUGUCCUUCAAGGGAGAAAGACCAGAAAGAGCUCGAAGUGGAUCUACAGAUGUUAUGAGUGNAUUGCAGUGGAGAGUGACACUAUAUUAUCACUGGUCGGUUUCUAUUUUCUAUCAAUUAAUUACAGGUACAUAA